AGAGAUUUUUCUUUUGGAGUUGACAAGCUUAAAAAAAUAUUUAGGAUUAACAAACAACAAGGAGUUUAUCAAUUCAAGGUAUUUGCUAUUGCAGAUCCUUGUUAUUACUUCGGUGGUUGAGGUAAUUAAAUCUAUGGCUUGCAGCAGUAGGCGAAAUAGUCGUAAGCAGAACCAUUUUUCAUAAACUUGUUUAAAAAUUCAUUUUCCUAUUUUCGUAAUAUUUAAAUGUUUUGUUAAACCAAUGCGGACACUUGUUUUAAGGGCGAGGUUGCUUGAUCGAAAUGGUUGCGGAAAUAGCAAGGUUUAAUACAUUAUAGAAAGAUGACAUUAGAGUUUCAGUAUUUGCAACAGAAAAGUCGAGCAAAAUAUUUAAGCAGUUAAAUAUUCGUUUUGUUAAAUUCAUAAUAUUUAUUGGAGGAUGUUGGAUUUGGCACGUUAGAGUACUUUAAUGGACCAUCGUGCCUGUAAUAAAACGAAAUACAAAUUGUUGGAUGAUACGGAUCAUCACAUAAACUAAAAUGUGGACAGCGACUUACAAGUAUCUCCGGGAGGAAGUAAAUUACGAUCAAGUAAUUCAUUGCAGAACACAAUCCCUCUAUCAAAUGUUGAAGUGGGGACCAUACAGCCAGAGUUAUUACUCUUAUACCAAGUGACUUGUGGCAAAUUGAAGUCUCCUAAUGCUAUGAGGGCAGAAUGUUUCUUAUCAAAAGAGAUAUCCGCAUUUGGGGCAAUAUAGGAGGAAGUUACGUAUAACUGUUUAUUGGCAAUUUUCGCCCGAAUGGCAAUAAAUUCAACGUCGGAAGAAGUAUGAAAUUCAAUUGAAUAGAACGGAAUUGCAGCAGAUAUGGUAUGACAAUUAAAAUACCAGCACCAGUAUGAUCCAAUCGACCAUUUCUAAAAAUUUUCAAAGAAUUGUGAAAAAGUUCUGGCGAAUGUAAAUCUGGCUUUAAACAGGUUUCAGUUAUAGCCAAACAGAAAACUCUGUGGUCACUGAAUUUAGGAAAGUGGAUUUUUGAGUUUACACCAUUAACGUUUUGGUAACUGAAAGUUACUAGGCCUUAAGAAACGUUCAGUUUUACGGGGACGAUCCUGCGGAAUGAAUUCCGUCAUUUGUUUAAAAAAAUUUCCAUGCUUUCUGUCGGUACUAACACCCUAAUCAUCUUAUGUUGAGAUAGAGCCAACUUGAAAAUGCUAACAAAUAGACGAACGGAACUUUAGCAACAAAAUAGCUUUUUAUAUUAUCCUCAGAGGUGACCGGCGUCAAUCUUGACUCGAAUAUUUCCUUUCCGGGGAGUACUGCCGUUAAGAAAAUGUCAUCCGCUUUGGGAACGGUAGGAUUUACAGGUAGUUGAGUUGGGGAGAAAUUAGAGGCUGUGACUGCACUUGCUCGUGCAUCAUAUGCGAAAACGUAUAUUCCAUCUUCACAAUCCUUUUUAAAUUAAUAAAUUUUUCAUUUUCCCAUGACGUUUUCUUCACUACUACAUAUUUGUUUCACAUUUAUUAUAGCGGGACUUUUAAAAAAAUGUACUGUAAGCUUCCGUUUGCUGUCAAUUUGUUUACAGGAUUAUGCAAUUUACAGUAAACUUUCUAAUAAAUAAAAUGGGGAGAACAGCGAAAUGGACCCAGUUGAGGAUUUCAUUAUGUGAGUAUGUAGGCUCAGUGGAAAGAAUUAGAAUAUUAUGCAUUAUCCUCUUUAGAAAUUCGACAUAAAAGUCUUCGCAAUUAACUUAAUAUAUUGGAAAGAUAUUCUCUUGUAAAUAACUUAUAGUUGUUCGUGUUAGCAAUCUCAAAAUUUUUAUAAUAAAUGACCUAUUCAACCCUGGUAAUACUAAGAAAAGCAAUAAAAAAUCAACAAGUAAUAGACAGUCUAGGAGCAACAGUUGGAGCACAUUGUUCCAAUCAAGAUUCUCACUUGUUAGAAAGUAAUCAAUAGUGGAUGAACACUGAAAUGUGUCAGUAAGCAACUAUUUCUGCAACAGAGACCAUUCUAAAACACAUGGCUCCUUUGUUAAAAGAUUUGCCGGUUGAAGUAAAUCGCAUUUAAAAUCUGAAGCAAAUCGCAAUGGAAAUCUACCUUCAGAGCAUUUUUUUACAUAGCAAGCAUUAUAUCUUCUUCCAACCGAGUGCACGGUUAGUUCAACGAAUACAGACUCACGGAUCCCUUCUUCGAGGACUCGAAACAUUACCCUAUAAUAAUGUUUACGGGAAAUCUAUAAGCCAAAUUUUCUCUAUCUAGGCUAUGCCCGAUCAUAUCUCGACAAACUAUACCUUAGUAAAACGCAUCAGAUAUAUUAUUUUUUGCCAUGAUCCACUUAUGGAAAAACUCUCAGAGAAAACAUAUCACCUACUAAAUCCUCUUUCUGUUACAUACAUGACAUCACGAUUGAGAGACCCACACGAUUUCUGGAAAUUACCAACGUAUCAAAACUUCAUGACAUCCUAACAAUUAGUUUACAAGUUGUAGUAUCAUGUAUUUGACAGAUAGGGGACUUAUUGAGUGAUGUGGUACUAGCUUCAAAAAGUCUCCCAAGUCCAUCUGUGCAUAUGUUAGCAAGACAUACUUUGGCAGUUCAGAUAUGCAAUGUUAAGAUUACAACUAUCCUACUUGAAGCAGGAUAAUGCUUCGAGUAGUACAAUAAAAGUUCGGUAGGAUAAUCAAAUACCAUAAAUUUAAAAAGAAAGGCUGGCACGUUAAAAAUGUGUAAAUAAAUAAUUAGACUUCAUCACACCGGCUCAGAAAGACGUGAAAAUCAUAUGAACACUGAGCACCUCUAUUGGCACUUGGAUUCGCUCUGAAUAGAUAGAUCAUGGUUGAAAAUUUCGAAAAUUUGGCAAUUUUUCCAUUUUUGUCAUCUUUCUACAAUCUGCUCAAGCAGCGCUAGGUGCCCUCAAUGAUGUCGGAUACAUGUCCGAUACAAUCCAUUCUGUCCUUGGUACACAGCACGCCAAUGCAUCAAAUUUUCUCAGAAUAUCUCCAAAAUUGCAACAUAUAGGUUGAACACAAGAGUAAAAAAAAAUUCCAGAGAAGCUAAAAUGCUGAAACAACUUGACGAUAUACUGCCGCAAUCACCAACUCGACACAAAACACAUGGCGUAUUCUUCUGCGGAAUGCGUAGUAAAGAUAUGCAGGUAGAAGACUCGCCGUUCUGCUAUAAACCUUACGAAGCGAAGGACGUUUUCCUAAUGACAGUCAAAUUGUAUCGUAAGGAUAUUAAACCAAAAUCCAUUGGCAUCAUAACACCGUUCGUAAAGCAAGCUGAACAAUUGCGCGACCUUUUUGUUGAUGUCGACGUAGCUAAACUUGAUACUGUAGAGGAAUUCUAAGGACAGGUAUAACUUUCGUAAAAUUACACUAAUGUUGCAACUAAUACUAAUGUUGAUUUCGCUUGGUUGUUUUUAGGAACGCGAUAUAAUAAUCUUAUUAAACAGUC